GUGGCCCUCUAUAUGCGGCUAUGUAAAAACAGCGAUGGGUGAGGGGCCAACCUCUCCACAUGUGACUACAGUGUCCAUUUUUAGAGGAAGAGCGGCACACUCGGUCACGGUGUGUUCUUGCCCUUUCGUUGGGAUUAGAGAUGUAAAAUAAUAAUUAUUCAACCGUUAAUGCGUUUUUUUGUUUGUUUGUUACAUAUAUCUUCACACGUUUAUUUCAUCUCAUUAUUGAUCGGAUUUUUCCCCCUUUAUUUUUCGUGUGGACAUUUAGAGAAAAAUACUUUUUUGUAUUUCUAAACUUUUCUUUCUAAAAUGUCAAAGUUCGCUCGCGUAUUUUUGUAGUCCACCUUCGUCUAUGGAAUCAUCUUGGGGAUAUUAGAAAUAGCCUAACGGACAUGGAGGAGUUUAUCAACUUUUCCCACACAAGGUGCCUUUUGUUCGUGAAUAAGGCAGCGUGCUUUUGGAAGUCUAGACCAUGAGGGAACCCCUCGAGCGCACAACUGUCGAUUAGGCGACUGGUUGCUUGAGAGCGUCACAAUCAAAUGAACGAUGCAGCCGUGUAUACGAUGUAAAAUACAACAACGAUCAACCGGAGGACUGUUUGAAUAGGCAGCGGGAGUCUGGAGAAGAGAAGAAGAUUGGCAGAAGCUAUUAAAGAAGGUAUUCCGUGACAGCAGCAGAUCCCGACACAGCUUCAUCACAGAAUGAGGAUGAAAUACACAAUCUCCCUUGUCUUCAUUGUGGCACUGGUCAUCAUUGAGAAGGAAAACAACAUUAUCUCACGGGUUUCAGACAAGCUCACCCCAAAGCAGACCCCCCAGACACCCCUUCAGCCCAGUAACUCUGCCUCAGCCUCAGCCCUGGGUCUCCUGAAGUUUAAUGGCUCCUCCUUCACUACCCUGAGCAAGCUGGACCCUGUCUUCACCCUCAUGAAGAGACGCCUGGAGAACUACACCGAGCAGAGGUCAGAGGUCAUAGGAUCAGCAGGAAACAGAAAGCACAUCCUCCUAUUGGCCACCACGCGGACAGGCUCCUCCUUCGUGGGCGAGUUCUUCAACCAGCAGGGAGACAACAUGUUCUACCUGUUCGAGCCGCUGUGGCACGUCGAGAGGUCGCUGACAUUAGAGAGCGGCGGGACCAACGCCACAGCCGCCGCCCGGGCCUACCGGGAAGUCCUCCAGGGGCUCUUCCUGUGUGACUUCACCCCUCUGGAGAGCUUUAUUGACCCACUUCCUGUAGACCACGUCACCUCAGCCCUGUUCAGGAGAGAAUCUAGCAGCUCUCUCUGUGAGGAGUCCGUCUGUAGCCCGUUCGUUAAGAAGGUCUUUGAACGCUACCAUUGCCGGACUAGGAAGUGUGGUCCCCUCAACCUAACCACGGCGUCCGAGUCAUGCCAGCAGAAGGAGCACAGGGCCAUUAAAUCCGUCCGGGUGCGCCAGCUGGAGACCCUGAGACCCCUCGCCGAGGACCCUCGUCUAGAUAUCAAGUUCAUCCAGCUGGUGAGGGACCCCAGGGCGGUUCUGGCCUCCCGCAUGGUGGCCUUCUCCGCCAAGUACAACAACUGGAAGAAGUGGGCGGUGGACGGAGACGUGCCCAUUGACGACGACGAGGUGAGGAAGCUGAAAGGCAACUGCGACAACAUCAGGAUGUCUGCGGAGGUCGGCCUGAGGCAGCCGUCUUGGCUGAGGCGGAGGUACAUGCUAGUACGGUACGAGGAUAUCGCUAGAUUCCCUAUGAGGAAGGCAGCGGAGAUGUACAAGUUCACCGGGAUCCCGUUCACUCCUCAGGUGAAAGACUGGGUGUUAAAGAACACCCAGGCUUCCAAUGAAGCUAGUGGAGUGUAUUCAACGCAGAAGAACUCCUCAGAGCAAGUGGAGAAAUGGAGGUUCAGCAUACCGUACAAACUAGCCCAGGUGGUGCAGAGGGUUUGUGGACCCACGAUGAAACUGUUUGGGUACAAGUUUGUGAACAGCGAGGCGAUGCUGACGGACAAGUCUAUCAGUUUGAUCGAAGAAAAGAUUUUCAUACAAAACUUUUCAUAGACAUUUUACGGUAAUUCUGAACUCUGCUCAUCAGACAAAGUGGACCAACAGAUACGAUUAUGAAGCGAUAGUUGUGAGGAUAUUUAUUGGGGACUGUACUAGUAUACAACAGAGUAAUGUAUAAGACACUUUAUAGAUACAUAUUAUAUAUUACAUGUUACACUCCAGGGUGUAGAAGGAAAUACACAUUUUUGUGUGUAAUAAAAAGGAACGAAAACAAAAACGAGUACUACCUUUUAACUUUUUACAGGGACAUUUAACAAAAGAAAACCCUUGGUACAUGAGUACUACAUGGUAGAAAACACCUUGUUACAUGAGUACUACAUGGUAGAAAACCCUUGUUAUAUGAGUACUACGUGGUAGAAAUCCCUUGUUAUAUGAGUACUACAUGGUAGAAAUCCCUUGUAACAUGAGUACUACAUGGUAGAAAUCCCUUGUUACAUGAGUACUACAUGGUAGAAAUCCCUUGUUAUAUGAGUACUACAUGGUAGAAAUCCAUUGUUAUAUGAGUACUACAUUGUAGAAAUCCCUUGUUACAUGAGUACUACAUGGUAGAAAACACUUGUUAUAUGAGUACUACAUGGUAGAAAACACUUGUUAUAUGAGUACUACAUGGUAGAAAUCCCUUGUUACAUGAGUACUACAUGGUAGAAAACACUUGUUAUAUGAGUACUACAUGGUAGAAAUCCCUUGUUACAUGAGUACUACAUGGUAGAAAACCCUUGGUACAUGAGUACUACAUGGUAGAAAACCCUUGGUACAUGAGUACUACAUGGUAGAAAACCCUUGGUACAUGAGUACUACAUGGUAGAAAACCCCUUGGUACAUGAGUACUACAUGGUAGAAAACCCUUGUUACAUGAGUACUACAUGGUAGAAAAACCAUUGUUACAGGAGUACUACAUGGUAGAAAACCCCUUGGUACAUGAGUACUACAUGGUAGAAAACCCCUUGGUACAUGAGUACUACAUGGUAGAAAACCCAUUGGUACAUGAGGACUACAUGGUAGAAAACCCCUUGGUACAUGAGUACUACAUGGUAGAAAACACUUGUUAUAUGAGUACUACAUGGUAGAACUCCCUUGUUACAUGAGUACUACAUGGUAGAAAACCCUUGUUACAUGAGUACUACGUGGUAGAAAACCCAUUGUUACAGGAGUACUACAUGGUAGAAAACUCCUUGGUACAUGAGUACUACAUGGUAGAAAACCCCUUGGUACAUGAGUACUACAUGGUAGAAAACCCCUUGGUACAUGAGUACUACAUGGUAGAAAACCCCUUGGUACAUGAAUACUACAUGGUAGAAAACCCCUUGGUACAUGAGUACUACAUGGUAGAAAACACUUGUUAUAUGAGUACUACAUGGUAGAAAACACCUUUUCACCCCAAGUAAUUCAAGCUUUUUAAAUCUGGUUUUAGGGUGGCCAAGCUUGAGUCCUUGAACAGUUUCCCCGUUGAAGUGUAUUUGUUGUUCUGUCAAGCCACGGGUUAAUAACAGUAGCUGAUUUUGAACUGAGCUGUAGAGAAGGGAAUUAAAUGACUGGCUUUGCUCGGUGUGUGUGGAAAGCAAGACAGUGGCAGGACAUUGCAAUGUUUUGGUCUUGUAUGUUCUAUAGCAUUUACCUAUAAAGAAGGGAUGUUCUUUUUCAUGUUAAUUUAAUAUAUUAUUUUAUUUGUAUUGAGAUUGAGAGAUUAUGGCCAUGGCUUUUGCACAUGCUACAUAGAUGGAUAGUUUUCUCCUCGCUAACUGUUGGGACCCCUUACUUCCAGACCUGGGUUCAAAUAGUAGUAGAAAUCUUUCAUACGGUUUUAGCAUUUGCUUUAGCCUGCCAGGAGUGCCACAUGGGUGGGGUUUGCUGUUUUGAGAUUAUUCUAUUGGUUAAUAACACCAGCUAAAGUAUUUGAAAUGAUUUUGAAUACUAUUUGAACCCAGGUCUGCUUCAUGAACACAUCAGCUAGGUGAGUGAGUAUCUGUACAUGCAUGUUGCUGUUUUGGUUUUAAUUGGCUGUUAGUGUUUCACGUCGUGGAAGUCGACGGUGAGCGUAGCGACUCAUUCUGUAAAAACAGAUGUCUUCGGUGGUCCUGUAUGUACAGACAAUGUGUGUCCCAAAAGGCACCCUGUUUCCCAUAAUGCACCAUAGGGAAUAGACACAUACAUUCCUCCUGCAGCUGGUUUGCAGAAUUGUGUGAGGUUUAUCAGCAGCUUUCUGUCCUUUGACACAAGUCUCCUGGCUGGUGACGAUGGACGAGAAGAGGACCAGGGGACUAAAAGACUGGGUGUACGUUCCAAAUGGCACCCUAUUCCGUAUAUGGUGCACUAUAUUUGACCACUGCCCCAUUGGGAUCUGGUCAUAGGUAGUGCACUAUGUAGGGAAUAGGUUGCCCUUUGGGAGGCGUUAUGGUUUUUGUCUAUAUGCAUGCCUAUGCCCUUUCUCAUUCUGGUGUUAAGUUAAGUUUGCUUUUCAUUUCAGUGGAAUUCACUAUUGUUGUAUGUGGUUGUUUGGCCUUUUACUGUACAAGUAAAUUGAAUACUGACAAGUCUA